AUGGAUAGAACUGGUGCAGCUUCAGCUCUAUCUGCAAGCAAUUCGAACUCGGGACAAGAUGGGGAAGCGAUCACGUUACACAAACCAACUUUGCAGACCCUGGACGAAGAUUCGCCUCUUUUGUUUGUUCCUGACGAUGAGCAUACCUCUGUCAGGAAAUCUAGCAUUGCAGGGAGCAUACGAAAGCUGCGCAGCGCUACGCUGACUGUUUCGAUCCUUGAGAAGCCAUCCGAUGAUCGCAAUGCUUCAGCUUGGCUCGCUGGCUGGAAUGUCACUAACCUCAUUCAGGGAACUGGUAUCCUUGGGGUGCCAUACGCUGUUCUGAUGGGAGGAUGGGCUGCCGUGGCUAUUAUCGUCUUAGUGGCUACAAUCUGCUGCUACACUGGAAAGCUACUGGUCGAUUGUUUGUACGUUGAGUCCAAACGCACUGGACAGCGUAAACGAGCCUACGUCAAUUAUCCCGAAGUAGGAGAAGCUGCUUGGCCGGGAUGGGGCAACAGAAUCGUAAGCGUUGUACAGGUAUGCGAGAUGUAUGGCGGUGUGAUUAUGUACAUUGUGCUACUCGCCACGGUGUUUAACGACAUUUUGAAUCAGUUGACGCCUUUGGACAUCUACCAGUGGGCCGUUGUCUGC